AUGUUUGAAGCCAACAAACCGGACAACAAUUAUUCAGCCAUCAAUACAAAAAUAACCAAUCUUUUGAAUUUGCCAGUAGAAACAAAUUUACCUCCGAUUUCAAAGGUGAGUAGGUACUCGAAUUUCUAGGAUCAGAUUUUUUGUGGUUACUGUACUAAAUAAAUCAUAGUUUUUUUCUUUAGGUCUUUGUUGGUUAUCCCUCAUCUUCUCAGGUGGCUGAAAGGAGCUGCGAGGAUAAAUAG